ACAAGUGUAGCAGCAUCCUCUCUCCUCAAGCACAAAGCUUUUACUAUAGAGAUGUCUUCCGGAAACGACUACAGUCGGUUUUUAUCCGCGCAAAAUGUAGCUGCUCCUGCCAGAUCUCAAGCGAGAUCAUCUAGAAAUCGUAAUCCAAGCUCGCCAGCCAGUCAAAACCAACUAGCCGUUGGUUCAACUCCUCCACCAUCCAAUCCAAACACACCUAAUCCAUCCAAUCCAAACUCACCUAAUCCAUCCCAUUCAGCGACUCAACCAGCUCUCAACAGUCUGACUCUGGACGAGCUACUUGACAUAAACACCGUUCUGGUCAGACUUCUUUCAAAGCCCUGUGAGAGGACCGGAGACACAACUCCUGAUUUCCUUGUGCUCUUAGAUGAGACACAUAGAAAACCUGAUGGGACUUUCAUUAAUAGAAAGUCAGAGGAGCUCUACAAGGAAGUUGCUCCAAGGAAGAAAAAAAGGAUAUAUGGGGUUGGUUCUCUGCAUAAUGAAGCAUCCUCAGUCCAUGUUGGUCCACUGCCUACUCAUAAUGAUCGAGAGGUUCUAUUGGAGAAGCUUGCUGCUGCUGAAGCUCGUCUUCAACUUCAGGCUGAGAAGAUCAAUAGCUUCGAUGCCUAUUGGGAAUACCUCGCAGAGAAGGAUCCAGUGUUUGCAGGCAUGUAUCGAGGACCAUCUGAACCGGCAAAUGCAGACACGACAAGGACUGCGGAGGGCGAUCAGACCGGAACCAAUCAGACCGGAACCAAUCAGACCGGAACCGAUCAGACCGCAACUGGUACAAGACCAGGCUCCUCUACUUCACAAGCCAUCUAAUUUAAUGUUGAUUGGUUUGUAAUCUAAGUUUAAGACCUAUGUUUUUAAUUUCAUGUUUUAUGACUUAAUUAUGCUUUU